AUGUCUUUCAACCGAGAACAUGACUUAAAAUUAAAGUUUAAGUCUUCUAAGAAACUAAAAAUAUCUGCCACCUUCGAGUCUAUGGAUCUGAAAGAGGGUUUAUUGCGAGGCAUAUAUUCGUAUGGCUUUGAAGCACCAUCUGCUAUUCAGUCUAGAGCUAUAACACAAAUUAUUUCCGGCAAAGAUGUUAUUGCACAAGCACAGUCCGGUACUGGUAAGACUGCAACAUUCACGAUUGGUAUGUUGCAAGCUAUUGAUCUAAAGAAACAUGAUUUGCAAGCACUAGUUUUAUCUCCAACUAGAGAAUUGGCUGCUCAGAUUGGUAAAGUUGUCACAAACUUGGGUGACUACAUGAACGUCAAGGCCUAUGCAAUGACUGGAGGUAAAACUAUGAAAGAUGAUUUGAAGAAAAUUCAAAAGCAUGGUUGCCAAGUCAUUAGUGGUACACCAGGAAGAGUUCUAGAUAUGAUAAAAAGACGAUUGAUAGAGACUAGACAUGUCCAGAUUUUAGUUUUGGAUGAAGCUGAUGAACUUCUCAGCGAUACACUGGGUUUCAAACACCAAAUUUAUGAUAUCUUCACUAAAUUGCCAAGAACUUCACAAGUGGUGGUUGUUAGUGCCACCAUGAGUCCUGAAAUUCUUGAAAUAACUAAGAAAUUUAUGAAUGAUCCUGUCAAAAUUUUGGUUAAAAGAGAUGAGAUAACACUGGAAGGCAUUAAGCAAUACUACGUUAAUGUCGAAAAAGAAGAAUGGAAAUUUGAUACAUUGUGUGAUAUUUACGACUCCCUAACAAUUACUCAGUGUGUUAUAUUUUGUAAUAGUAAAAAAAAGGUAGACUGGUUAGCGCACAAGCUAAAACAAUCCAAUUUUGCAGUUAUCUCCAUGCAUGGUGAUAUGAAGCAAGAUGAGAGAGAUAGAGUUAUGAAUGAAUUUAGAACAGGCCAAUCCCGGGUACUGAUUUCGACCGAUGUAUGGGCGAGGGGUAUUGAUGUACAGCAAGUAUCAUUGGUAAUAAAUUAUGAUUUACCGGAAAUCACAGAAAACUAUGUUCAUAGAAUUGGUAGAAGUGGAAGAUUUGGAAGAAAAGGUGUGGCAAUUAAUUUCCUAACAAAAAUUGAUGCCUCGCGUAUGAAGGAGAUAGAGAAAUAUUAUAAGAUUAAAGUUAAGCCAAUGCCAGCUGACUUAUCAGAACUUUCCUAG